AUGGCCUCAAUUUCAUCAACGACGACGGUGACUCUAUCGAAAGAUGAGCUCCGUCUAAUUGAUGAAUAUGGUAAAAUUGUCAACUUUCGCGAAAGAGUGCUGUCGGGAAAACACCCAAACAUCAAGGUUCCUGCGCAUCUGUUAGCAGCGAAAACCUCUAACGCGUCACCACCAACAUCGUCGUCCACCUCGGCGCUCGCUGAUGGCCCAACGACCAACGCCAUUUCCUCUUUCCAUGUCAAGCCCUCUUCAAGUCGAAUGACUUCGGAUGUAGGCGCGACAGAGAAUCGUCAGGCUUUCCAGGCGAACUCGUCACAGCCUUCGCUGGUCACAAGUUUUCCUGGCUUAGGAUCACUUCCAGGUGACCUAGGCGGUAGUAGCACGCCGUCAUCUGCGAAGACUUUUGGUUCAGCAAGGGCUGAGAUCAACCCCAUCUUCCUUGAAAAAUCUGAUCACCUCAUCAAGACAGAACUCCAGCUGCAGCGACAGAGAGUCGAGCGUGCCCUGAGAGAGCAGUUGGAGCAGCGUCGCAGCACGAGCUGGUCUCUGCAGCCUAGCGAACCUCUUCCUGAUUUCGAUCUUAUGGACGUUCUGCAACAGGCACUUGUUCUCGCCCAGCAGAUGGCUCCUUCGCAUGCUGAUGGAAAUGUAGCAACUAACAACUCUGAUGAUGCCGAUUCCCUUCAUGGGAAUACGUAUGCCUCCACAUCCAUCGACGAUUCGCCCAACUCGAACCACCUUGCUCGUCUACCUGAUAGACCCGACCCCGAAGACGUUGAGAUGCGCGAAAGCUCAGACUACGAACCAGAGCUCAGUUUCAUGUCCGAACCCGCUGCCCCCAUAGAUAAUGGAGCAUCAAUACCCACAGAUAUAACCUCGUCCGCAAAUCACCGGCCCGACGCACCUGGUGGCCAGCAGACCCAGAACGCCCUUGUUGCUGCCCAACGUCCUCCGAGCCCCAGAAUUCAAGAUGCUGCUGUUCAUAUCGUCAGCUCUGGGGAAAGUGCAGACGCCAGUGGCUCUGCGGAUUCUGGCCAUACAGAUAACGAGCAGAGUGCUGACGAUCGUACCAAAUCAAUAGCCUCCAAUCGGCUUGCGCAAGCUUAUGGAGCCGGGACAUCGACCGUUGUGCGAGCACACGAUCUCUCACCCGUCGCGCCGCAGCCAUCGCAUGUCUCCUCCCUCGCCAUUGCCAGGGGCCCUCACUCGUCAGAUACGCGUAGAGCUCGUGCGACGCCUGCGCAAGUGGUUGCCAUACGUAACGAAGUUUCGGCUGUGUCUAGCCCUGAGAGCUCACCCCAAACUUCCAAAGCCAAUGAAAAACGCAAGGGCAAAAAGAAAAACAAGCGCAAAGCUGAUCGCCAAGCCGCUGAUGCUACUCCCUACAUCAAGGCGGAGCCUCGCUCCCCUUCCCCAUUUUCUGCUCACCCAGCUGGUAGGCCUCAUAAGCGGCUGCGACCAUCGCAGCGUUCAAUGGAGCAGCUGAACUACGAUGAAUCACGAAGCCCACAGGUCCAACGCGAGAUAUACCGAGAUCAACACGGUGCUUUAUCAUACGGCGAAGAAAAUCCCCGAGUGGGCUACGACCGCCGCAACAUAUCUUUGCGCGAAGGGCCAGCUCCUGUGCACACAAGCGCUCAACCAUAUGAUCACGAUAUAUACGAAAUUCGAAGGCCGGUGUCGACGCAGUUCUCUAGGGAUCAAGAUCCUGCCGCUUACCCAAUACAGUACACCAAUGAGCCUCGUGUCAGGACAGCUUCUCAGGCCAUAGUGGAUCGUGCCUCCUUUCGAGAGGCUCCAGUGUAUUAUGACGUGCGGGAUGAACCUCGCAUGAGUGUGCGGCCUGCAAAUGAUCGCGACCGGUCCCCAUCCCCGAUUAUGCGUGAGGCUCGACCAGCGGCUAUGGCUCCUCCACCUCGUGUACAGCCAGCCCGCAUCAUUGUCGAUGAAUAUGGAAGAGAAUACAUCGAACCCCCUAGACCUCCCUCUGUGGCCAGGCACUCCGUGGUCGCAACAGCCGCUGCAGAACCGCUUGUUUAUGACCAUCACGUUCCGGCCAGGGCUCUGUCGAGGAUGGCAGAAACGUAUGGCGAAAACGUCAUCUACAGACGCCCCUUGUCUCCCCAAUUUGCAGCGCCGAGGCGGGUCAUUACGGAACCGGAGUAUGUCGCCGGUGAGUACCGCUCUUACCGCCAACGGGAGUACUCGGUGGUGCCCCAGGGAUCCACCGCUGGUGAUGAUUACGUUCGCAGCCGUGCGCACCCCGAGAGGCGUGUGAUUGAGAAUCCCCCGAGGGAGUAUAUUACAAGAGCGGCCAGUGUGCGACCAACUGAGACGGUCCGCUAUGAGAUGGCAGGUGGCUAUGGAGAGAGAUACGGAAGCCUCCGUCCCGAUGUGUCAGUGCGAGAGUAUGCUUCCAGUGCCCAUCCGGAAAGCAGGCGCGAAGUGGUAUAUCAACAGCCAUAUGCACGAGAGUUCAGUGUUCGACCAGAAGCCGUGGUACAGCGGUCCUAUAGUGUUAGGCCACCAGAGUCGCAGCAGUUCCAGUAUGACAGGCCCAUGCGGCCAGAUGCAGAUGCUCCAUAUCUCGACAGGUCCCGGGGAGCACCUGAGGGAGUGGUUUAUGAGGAAACGAUGCGGGGUUCUUACCGCUAG